CAAAUAGGGAGCCUGCAGGCCGACGCCAUUAGCGCACAAGUGUCGAAGCACGCUGUGACGGUGUGUGCUUCAUUCCACGAUCGCGAUGGUGACAUCUUCACGAGCCUAUCAAAGGCUCGAGCUUGGGCCGCAACCACAAUCCGCGUCGGUCUCUCGCCCGUAUUUAGCCUUGGACAGAAUUUACCGCCCGAUUUGGGCUGCAUUCCCAAACAACCCGACUCGCAGACAUCGCCUCGUGGUGCGACAGGGUCCGGGCACGAUGGGGCUCUCACCCUCUCUUCCGUCACUUUCCAGGGGACUUGGGCCCAGUCCGCUGCUGAGGACGCUUCUCCAGACUACAAUUCGAGUGUCAUGGGCGUUCGAUUCUCAACCUGGGCAUUUCCAGGUUGGCUCGCCGUUACUAAGGGAAUCCUGCUCGCAACGGCGUCCUCAGCCGACGACUUCAUUUUCGGCCAACCGCAAGGCUCGAGUGAGACCCCGGGAGGCCAACAUCCGCUCCCAUCCCCGCGUGGGGAUGGGACGACGUUGCGUGACACCCAGGCAGACGUGCCCUCAACCGGAAGGCUUCCUGUGCAACUUGCUUUCAAAGACACGAUGGUUCACGGGAAUCUGCAAUUCAUACAAGUAUCGCAUUUCGCUACGUUCUUUAUUGAUGUGAGAGCCGAGAUAUCUGUUGUCGAGAGUCAUUAUAAUAACUAG